CACCUUCUUCUUCUCCUCUCACGAACAAGAGAAAGAGAAAGAAGAAAAACGAGACUUUUCUUUCUUUGAUUUUGUUUUGUUAUAAACAUUCUUUACAUCAAACAAAAAUCAGAACCCCAGAUAAAAAUAAAGGGGAAGAUGGGAGAUAAAAAUAAUGGAGCUUGUGUGGUCCUCGCUCAUUUUCAACUUUUCCUUCCCUACUAUAAUUCCCAACUUCAUUAUUGCUCCUCUUAUUUUUCAUGUUUUUUCACUCCUUAGAAUCUCACUUUUUUUUUUUUUUUUGAGAAUUUUGUACCCAAAGUUUUCGUUUUUAUUGUUUCACCUUGUAAUUUUUGCUAAUGGAUGGAAAAGGGAAGCAGAGGAUGAUGGGAAAGGUGGUGAAGAAGGAAGCAGCUGAGCUUGUUUGGGAGUCAUCAGAUGAUGAUGGGUAUGUGAAGAUGGGGUGUGUGGAAAAUGAUGUUGAGAGUAACAAGAAAAAGAAAGUGGUGGCUGGUGGCUGUGGUGGUGGUGGUGGUGGUGGUGUUGGAGGAGGAGGAGGAAAGAAAGGGUCAGGUGGUGGUGGUUGUGGUGGAAGUGGAGGGAUGAGGUGUUGUCAAGCUGACAUGUGUAUGGCUGAUCUGAGUGAUGCAAAGCCGUAUCAUAGAAGGCAUAAGAUUCCAUGAGCUAUCAGAAUUUGAUGAAACCAAAAAGAGUUGUUGCAGGCGUUUGGCUGGACAUAAUGAGCGACGAAGGAAGAAUGCUGCUGAAUCUCAUUCAGAAGUUGGUAACCACAAAGGGACAGUCACUCAGUUGAAAGAUAUGGUCUGCGGGCAGGUUGAUGAUAGGGGAAGAAUUAAAAUAACUAUCCAAGAAAAUGCCACUUACAAGCAUUUCCAGAUCAGAUAAACAGAUUGCUCUACAGUUUGCUCCCUCUCUUCUGUCAUCCUAGAGAUAAUCUUGUUGUAUAUGUAGUAUAUCAUUAUUGAAUAUUCCUGUAAGUAAGUUAAUCAUAUACUAAUGGCAUUGGAGCAUUCACUUCACAGUGACAGGGUUGCUAGUUCUGGUUCAGUCUUUUGUGGUUAGCCAAUUAACUUGACCCAUUCUGUACUUAUGGGGUAGGAUGUGAUCGUUGGCACUUGGCCAUCAUUGAGUGCUUUGCUUCAUUAAUGUUCCGAAUGUGAUUUUUAAGGUGUAUGGUAUUCAGUAUUCUGUGCA